UUGGAGAGGAUGAUGGAGGACCACAGCCAGCCAGCAACUCAGGUCCAAACAGUCAUUUACAACCAGAUACCAGUGGCAGGAGUUCAGACAGUUCUGGAACAGAGACUGAUGACAGUUAUGACUGGAAACAGACCAGAGAGCUUCAGUCACAUUUUAACUGUCGAAAUAUUGUUAGUUCUAGCAAUUGCAAUACUGAUGAGAAGCAAUUUAAAGGCUCUAAAUAUGUAAAAGCAUGUGGUCACAUGAACAAUUCAGAGCAACAAAAGGGGAGGCGAACAAGCAGAAAACCAUUUAGCUGUUCUGAUGAGAGUAAAAGACAAAAGCAGAAGGGCACGCUGAUCAAUCAUAUUAGAAUUCAGCCAGGACAAAAAACAUUUGUCUGUUCUGAAUGUGGCCAAAGAUUUGGACGAAAGGGCGUGCUGAAACAACACAUGAUAAUUCAUACGGGACAAAAACCAUUUGUCUGUUCUGAGUGUGGUCAAAGAUUUGGACGAAAAGGCGUGCUGAACCAACACAAGAUCAUUCAUACAGGACAAAAACCAUAUGUCUGUUCUGAGUGUGGUCAAAGAUUUGGAGUAAAGAACACUCUGAGCAGACACAUGAUAAUUCAUACAGGACAAAAACCAUUUGUGUGUUCUGAGUGUGGUCAAAGAUUUGGACGAAAGAGCUUCCUGAACACACACAUGAUGAUUCAUACAGGACAAAAACCAUUUGUCUGUUCUGAGUGUGGUCAAAGAUUUGGACUAAAGAGCCGCCUGAACAGACACAUGAUAAUUCAUACUGGACAAAAACCAUUCGUCUGUUCUGAGUGUGGUAAAAGAUUUGGACUAAAGAGCCACCUGAAGGAACACAUGAUAAUUCAUACAGGACAAAAAGCAUUUGUCUGUUCUGAGUGUGGUCAAAGAUUUGGAGUCAAGAACACUCUGAACAGACACAUGAUAAUUCAUACAGGGCAAAAAGCAUUUGUCUGUUCUGAGUGUGGUAAAAGAUUUGGACUAAAGAGCUCCCUGGACACACACAUGAUAAUUCAUACAGGACAAAAAGCAUUUGUUUGUUCUGAGUGUGGUAAAACAUUUGGACUAAAGAGCAACCUGAACACACACAUGAUAAUUCAUACAGGUCAAAAAGCAUUUGUCUGUUCUGAGUGUGGUAAAAGAUUUAGACUAAAGAGCUACCUGAACGCACACAUGAUAAUUCAUACAGGGCAAAAAGCAUUUGUCUGUUCUGAGUGUGGUCAAAGAUUUGGACAUAAAGGCAACCUGAACGCACACAUGAUAAUUCAUACAAGACAUCAAAGAUAAAAGAAA